UGUUUUUUCCGGGUGUCAGCAAUUUGCAGUCUGGCAGAACGUGCUGGAAUGCAAAAACACACUUUAACGGGUAAAAGGCUGGGUGGAAAUGCAGACGGUGGCCUUGCAACGGAUGUAGUGGUGUCUCUUGAAGUAGAGCCGUCUCCAGAAAGCGCGUGUGUUUCCCCAACCCCUCACCUCUCGCGGCAGUUCUGUCGUCUUCUGUGUUGUUCCUCCGCACCGCCAGCAGGGGGGACGCGGGCGAGGAAACGCGUGGAGGAUCGGUCUGCACUUUUUGCUCGUGGGGUGUCGUACCUGUCGUUUCUCUCUCGAAGAUAGUGACUCGCUUCAAAGCGGACACUCGUCUCAGAAAUUUUUCUCCCGCCGUCUUUUUUAGGCAGAGAAAGCUCUACACCGUACGUUUGUUCUUCCCCACCAGUCCCGACGUCGCGUUCCUCGGUUGCCGUUGUCUGCUGUCGCGAGCAAUCCCACUUUGUUCGUUUGAGUUCUCCCCCGCAACAAAAUGGGAAAGGAAAAGACCCACAUCAACUUGGUCGUCAUCGGCCACGUCGACAGUGGCAAGUCGACCACUACCGGACACUUGAUCUACAAGCUCGGUGGUAUCGACAAGCGUACCAUCGAGAAGUUCGAGAAGGAAUCUUCCGAAAUGGGAAAGGGUUCCUUCAAGUACGCGUGGGUCUUGGAUAAACUGAAGGCCGAGCGUGAGCGUGGUAUCACCAUCGAUAUCGCUCUGUGGCAAUUCGAAACCCCCAAGUACCACUACACCGUCAUCGACGCCCCGGGACACAGAGAUUUUAUCAAGAACAUGAUUACCGGAACUUCCCAGGCCGAUGUUGCGCUCCUCGUCGUCCCUGCUGAGGCUGGCGGUUUCGAGGGUGCCUUCUCCAAGGAAGGUCAAACCCGUGAGCACGCUCUGCUCGCCUUCACCCUUGGUGUCAAGCAGAUGAUCGUUGGCAUCAACAAGAUGGACUCCUGCAACUACUCCGAGGACCGUUUCAACGAAAUCCAAAAGGAAGUUGCCAUGUACCUGAAGAAGGUCGGCUACAACCCCGAGAAGGUCCCCUUCGUUGCCAUCUCCGGUUUCGUUGGUGACAACAUGGUGGAGAAGUCCACCAACAUGAGCUGGUACAAGGGCAAGACCCUCGUCGAGGCUCUCGACACCAUGGAGGCCCCCAAGCGUCCGAGCGACAAGCCCCUCCGUCUGCCCCUGCAGGACGUGUACAAGAUUGGCGGUAUCGGAACUGUCCCCGUCGGCAGAGUUGAGACCGGUAUCCUGAAGGCCGGUAUGGUCCUCACUUUCGCUCCCGUCGGUCUGACCACUGAGUGCAAAUCCGUUGAAAUGCACCACGAAGUCAUGGAGCAGGCUGUGCCCGGUGACAACGUUGGUUUCAACGUGAAGAACGUUUCCGUCAAGGAGCUGAAGAGAGGCUACGUCGCGUCCGACUCGAAGAACGAUCCCGCAAAGGGCUGCGCCACCUUCUUGGCUCAGGUCAUCGUCCUGAACCACCCUGGUGAGAUCAAGAACGGAUACUCCCCCGUUAUCGAUUGCCACACUGCCCACAUUGCCUGCAAGUUCGCGGAGAUCAAGACCAAGAUGGACAAGCGUUCGGGCAAGACCCUGGAAGAGGCCCCGAAGUGCAUCAAGUCCGGUGAUGCCGCCAUGGUCAACAUGGAGCCUUCCAAGCCCAUGGUUGUCGAGGCGUUCACCGAUUACCCCCCUCUUGGUCGUUUCGCCGUCCGUGACAUGAAGCAGACCGUCGCUGUCGGUGUCAUCAAGUCCGUUGAGAAGAAGGAGCCGGGUGCUGGCAGCAAGGUCACCAAGUCCGCUGUCAAGGCCGCGAAGAAAUAAACUGUAUGUCGCGUGUGGGUUUCCCAGGAGUGAAUGGUGGGGAGAAUGCACCCAAACAAGGAUGUUGUUCUUUGUGUGUCGGAGGCUGUUUACGUUCACACCCGUAGCUCUGGCGUACAGGCUGGGGCGGGGUGCUCCCUACCUCGCCUCAGGUGGGCGUAUACUAUGUACGGUGUACCUCCAUAUCGACAGCUGUUCGCGUGUGAUGGUUUGCUGUUGCCGUGGUGGUGAAAACAAAAGCAUUCGACCAAACCUACGGGUUGAAGGAAGUGGGGAAAACCACGGAGGUGAAAACACAAGACACGCGAAAACGGGUCUCCAUUGUUAGGAAUGGAUGAUCGACGCUGGUCACAAGCACGAACCACAGACGAAGAUCAUAUGAUGUCUGUACUUUGCGACAAGUUUUAUGAGUAGCGUCAAAACUCAUAGAGCACCGUUCUAAGGACUUCAUUCUACCCCGUAGAUAACGGAGUACGCGAUGGUGGUGGCCGGGCUUGCAGGCGCGUUAUAGGUG